UGUGCCAAAAGACAAUGAUGUUGAACAAGUCUCUGAGUUCAAGCUGAAGGUUCAGGAGUCACUUAGAAAUCACAUGGAGGUUGACUCUAAUGACCUAGCCUCCAAACCAGCUCUGAUUGCCUCUAUGCUGGACCCUCGUCACAAACAUCUCAGUUUCCUGACGCCAACAGGGAGACUGGCUGCAAAGGUUAAGCUGCAUGAACUGGUUUCAAAAUUAGAUGUGGUAACUACUACUGUGGGCCCAAAGGAUGAACAGCAGGAGAUCCUGGUCACACCUGAUAUUAGCCAGGUGGCAAUGCCCUCACAACUGAGAAGUCACACCAAAAACACCAUGAUGUUGCUCCUAGGAGACAACUACAGUUCCUCCUAUGCCACAGACUCUGAGGCUCAGGUAGAUUACUACUUGAGAGACAUUGCUCCGUCACUUGACAUUAACCCUCUUGAGUGGUGGAGGGUUAACGGACCGAGAUUCCCAAAACUGGCCACUCUGGCGAGGCACUAUUUGUGUGUACCUGGGGUAUCGCUGCCAUCUUUAUUGUCAGAGGCUGGACAAACAUUUGCAACAAUGCGCACGAGACUGAGCCCAGAGCAUGUUGACAUGAUGAUCUUUGUAAACAGAAAUGCAUAACGAAAUGCAUGACCCUUCACGAUGGAGGUUAUAUCUGACUUCCCAUACCAAUAAUAGCAAAAGGUCAAAUGAGAGGGCAGAAGGCAGUAGGUGCAAGUUAGGUAGACACCUUGAUUACAUGUUACAAGAGAGAGAGGAUGGGGAAGAUGGCAGCUACUCUUCCACUGUUGAUGUGUUGCAUAUGCUGAUGUGAAUAAUGCUAUAACCUAUUUUCAUUUCAGUCAACAAAAAGUUAGAAAGCUUAGCUGCUUAUCUAUACCUAAAUGUAGUUCCCAACUUUAAAAAAACACAGUGAUUUGCCUCACUUGACUUGAUGUGUUCACUCAGCAAUAUCUGAGUGAACACAUUGUCCCUACAAAUCCUCGGUAUUUAGCAUGAAACAUCAGUCAUACCCAAACAUCUAGUGGAGGCACCCAAUAGUGUAACCUUUACCUCAACACACCACUUAGAUAUCUAUACAAAUCAGGGUAAAACUCGGAAGGAAAAAAAAUGAAGGAAAAUCUGUGGUUUGUUCCUCCGUUACCAUGAUAGCAUACUGAAUAUUUGUAUUAUAAAUGCAGCUAGAA